CGCAGCUCUCGGGCAAAUUCGAGGACUCCUUGCAAUCAAAAGGAACUAGACAGAGAGAGAGAAAAAAAAACACAGAAAGGUGAGACCUUAAUUAAAACCAUUUCACAUCCAAUUUCUAACCGACUAUGUUCAUUUGAUAUAGACUUUGAAAUUCUCAAUUCCUUCCUGCUGAGAUUUGAUUGCAAGGUAUUGCGGCUCAUUUGUGAGCGAGGAGAGGGCUCUUUAACCAGAAACCUAAAAGAAAGUAGGGAUGGGAUCCAUGGAAUUUGAAAGCCACAGUUCGAUCUGGGAUGGAGUUUACUACUACCCACAUCUGUUUGGAGGAUUAAUGCUGACAGCUGCUCUUCUUGGGCUUUCAACAAGUUAUUUUGGUGGAAUUGGGGUCCCUUCUUUUCCCUAUUUCUGGUCUCCUUUGGGUAUCUUUCAGAAGAAGAAAUAUGGGAAGAAACCCGUUAGGGUCUAUAUGGAUGGUUGCUUCGAUCUCAUGCACUAUGGCCAUGCCAAUGCAUUGAGGCAAGCAAAGGCUUUGGGAGAUAUAUUGGUGGUAGGAGUCGUGAGUGAUGAAGAAAUUAUUGCCAACAAGGGUCCGCCUGUUUUAUCCAUGGAAGAGAGGCUUGUUCUCGUUAGUGGUCUGAAGUGGGUCGAUGAAGUCAUUGCCAAUGCUCCAUAUGCGAUUACUGAGGAAUUCAUGCACACUCUGUUCAGUGAGCAUAAGAUUGACUACAUUGUUCAUGGUGAUGAUCCUUGCCUACUUCCAGAUGGGACUGAUGCUUACUCCUUGGCAAAGAAAGCAGGCCGUUACAAGCAGAUCAAGCGCACCGAAGGUGUCUCAAGUACUGAUAUUGUAGGGAGGAUACUUUCAUUGACGAGGGAUACAAAAGUUGGAGAUGGUUGCAGCAGCCUGUCUAUGUCUGAACAGCCCCAUGAUAUGAAUGUCACUCCAACCAAAGGAAGUCAGCGAAAUGGAACCCAAAUAUCUCAUUUUCUCCCUACAUCCCAACGGAUUGUGCAAUUUUCAAAUGGGAAGGGACCUGCGCCCAAUGCUCGUGUGGUGUAUAUUGAUGGUGCAUUUGAUCUGUUUCAUGCAGGACAUGUGGAGAUCCUCAAAAGUGCUAGGCAGCUUGGAGAUUUUCUGCUUGUGGGUGUCCAUAGUGACCAAAUUAUAAGUGAGAACAGAGGACCUCAAUUUCCAAUUAUGCACCUCCAUGAGCGUAGUCUUAGUGUGCUGGCAUGCCGUUAUGUUGAUGAGGUCAUCAUAGGCGCACCUUGGGAAGUUACAAAGGAUGUGAUAACUACCUUCAACAUCUCUUUGGUUGUGCAUGGAACAGUUGCUGAAAGCAACAGUUUGUUAAGUGGUGAGGUUGAUCCUUAUGCAGCUCCAAAAGCCAUGGGAAUUUUCAAGAUGCUUGAAAGUCCUAAAGAUAUAACUACUACUUCAGUGGCCAAAAGGAUAAUUGCCAAUCAUGAAAUUUACAAGAAGCGCAAUGCAAAGAAGACUGAAAGUGAGAAGAGAUACUAUGCAGAGAAGAAGUAUGUGUCAGGAGACUAAACAUUAUUUAGAUGUGGUUGACGAAAAUUGAACCAAGUGAAAGGAUCCAAAGCAACCCCGUCGCAAUCAAUCCCAUUCGUCUUCCCUGAGCCCCAUCCUGGGGUAAGCUUCUACGGUUGGAAAUAUUGAUUUUCUUUUUCAGGAUAGAAAAAAGAAGAAGCAUAUGUAUCUUUCAUAUUUUUGGCUUACGGAGACGUGCCAUUUAUUUUGCCCUCUUGACUUGUAAUAUUGCUCACAGAGAAGUAGCGUACUUAAACCAUUAGAGGGAACUAAUCAAAUGGUGUUGCUUGGGGCACCUACUUUCAUGACAAGGAAA